GGCUUCUGCUGCCUCCUGAGGUCCCCUGGAAGCAGAUGGAGUUGACCAGAGGCAGCUAGCUAGAGGCAAAGCUGCUAGGAGGUUUGGAUUCCUCAACCCUUCAUUCAUUAAACAUUUAAUCCAUUGUUACUUGUGCCAGAUACUCUGCUGGAAACUGAGAGUUUAAAGAUAAGCAAGAACUAGCCGUCCAUAUCGAGCAAAACAAAAAAUUGCCCAGAUACCAGUAGCUGAUGCAGGUGCAGGAGAUGCAACCAGAGUUAGACUCUUUGUAGCCUUGGAAACUCCUAGAGAGACAAAUUUUGGCUGGUUGGAGGACGACCUUGGAGAAGGGGUGACAUCUGACCUGAAUCUUUAAGAGAGGCUCAUUUGGGGCCACUGCAUUCAGGUAGAAGACUCAAUGUUAUCAAAAAGUAUUCCAGAUGGCGUUUAAGAAUUGCUUUACUUUCAAGUACCCUGGCAAUCCCCACCCAGGGGACUUGAUUGAAGUGUUUCGUCCUGGCUAUCAGCACUGGGCUCUGUACUUGGGUGAUGGUUAUGUUAUCAACAUAGCACCUCUAGAGGAUGGCAUUGCUGCAGCAUUUACAAGUGCCAAGUCUAUAUUCAGCAGAAAGGCCCUGGUGAAGAUGCAGCUCUUGAAGGAUGUUGUGCGAGAUGAUACAUACAGAGUAAACAAUAAGUAUGAUGAAACAUACUCCCCUCUCCCAGUGGAAGAAGUCAUGCAACGGUCAGCAUUUGUUAUUGGACAGGAGGUGGAGUAUGACCUACUUGUUAAUAACUGUGAGCAUUUUGUGACAUUGCUUCGCUAUGGGGAAGGAAUCUCAGACCAGGCCAACCGAGCAAUAAGUACCAUUGGGUUUAUGACAGCUGCUGCUGGUGUCUUCUCAUUCCUGGGCUUGUUUCCAAAAAGACAAAGAACAAAAUACUAUUAAUGAUUUACUGAAGAGAUAUUGGAGCUGAAGGAAUUUGUGAGAAGUGGGGAAAAUCCCUAGGAUGAAUACUUAUUUUCAAUGCAUCAUUAUUGUUCCAAAUUCCAAUGAAUGAUGGCAAGCUCUUAAUAAAUUUCUUUCUGAUGUUAUCUCA